AGAGAAAACGGGAAAAUUAUUCCAGGAUAUGGAAUACGUAUUAGAUGAGAAAGAGAACAAGAAGGUAGGAAUGAGAAGGAAAUUUCCCACGGUCCAAGAUGGUGAGUUUUCAGAUGGAAGUUCCUGGCACAAUGAAUGAAAAACCCACAAGGAGUGGGGCACCUGGGCAGCUCCAUUGGCUAAGCGUCGGACUCCUGAUUUCAGCUCAGGUCAUGAUCUCGGGCUCAUGGGAUUGAGCCCCGAGCAGGGCUCUGCGCUCAGCAAGGAGUCUACUUGAGGAUUUUCUCCCUCUGCCUCUCCCCGCGCCGACCCCGGCCGCCAACUCCGCCACCAUGGAGGACAUGAACGAGUACAGCAACAUAGAGGAGUUCGCAGAGGGAUCCAAGAUCAACGUGAGCAAGCAUCAGCAGGAUGACGGUAAAAUGUUUAUUGGAGGCUUGAGCUGGGAUACAAGCAAGAAAGAUCUGACUGAAUAUUUGUCUCGAUUUGGGGAAGUUGUAGACUGUACAAUUAAAACAGUUCCAGUGACUGGAAGACCAAGAGGAUUUGGAUUUGUGCUUUUCAAAGAUGCUGCUAGUGUUGAUAAGGUUUUGGAACUGAAAGAACACAAACUGGAUGGCAAGUUGAUAAACCCCGAAAGGGCCAAAGCUUUAAAAGGGAAAGAACCCCCCAAAAAGGUUUUUGUGGGUGGAUUGAGCCCAGAUACUUCUGAAGAACAAAUUAAAGAAUAUUUUGGAGCCUUUGGAGAGAUUGAAUAUAUUGAACUUCCCAUGGAUACAAAAAGAAACGAAAGAAGAGGAUUUUGUUUUAUUACCUAUACAGACGAAGAGCCAGUAAAGAAAUUGUUAGAAAGCAGGUAUCAUCAAAUUGGUUCUCGGAAGUGUGAAAUCAAAGUUGCACAACCCAAAGAGGUAUAUAGGCAGCAACAGCAACAACAAAAAGGAGGAAGAGGUGCUGCAGCUGGUGGACGAGGUGGUACUAGGGGUCGUGGACGAGGUCAGGGUCAAAACUGGAACCAGGGAUUUAAUAACUAUUAUGAUCAAGGAUAUGGAAAUUACAAUAGUGCCUAUGGUGGUGAUCAAAACUAUAGUGGCUAUGGCGGCUAUGAUCAUACUGGGUAUAACUAUGGACAGGGAUAUGUAGACUACAGUGGCCAACAGAGCCCUUACGGCAAAGCGUCUAGAGGGGGUGGCAAUUACCAAAACAAUUACCAGCCAUACUAAAGGAGGACAUUGGAGAAAACAGGAGGAGAUUGCUUAAAGUUAACCCAUCUUGCAGGACAACAUUGAAGAUUGGUCUUCUGUUGAUCUAAGAUGAUUAUUUUGUAAAAGACUUUCUAGUGUGCAAGACACAACCACGUCCAACUGUAUAUAGCCACCAAUUAGUUUCCUUUGUUUUUACUUCGUCUUUUGCUAUCUGUGUUACGACUCAGUGUGGAUUUGUGUUUAUACAAAUUUUAUUUGUAUGA